AUUUACAUACCCGUUCUAGAGGUGGGUGUAUCAUCACCGUUCCAAGGCGAACUCAUGUGCAACUGUUUUGCAGGAAGUUGAUGCAAGUCUGAACAUUGCUGUGAAGACACGAAUUUGUCGAUUUAAUCCACCAAAGAUGAGUUCCACAGAUACCAAUGCCAAGAGCGACGACCCUGUCCCCAAGGGGGCCAGACUGAGCCGGGCCGUCGCAAACCUGGACACCAUCCCCCCAGACACCCUCAGUGAGGUAGAAGAGUGUCUGAGGCCUUUCCGUCUCUCUUUGGAGAAGCUGCAGGACGUGUCAUCUCGCCUGAGGAAGGACCUGAUCAGAGGGCUGGGCAAACACACACACUGCCGGGCCCCCGUCAAGAUGCUGCCCACCUUUGUGAGGGCAACACCUGAUGGGAGAGAGAAGGGGGACUUCCUGGCUCUAGACCUGGGCGGGACUAACUUCCGGGUGCUGUAUGUCCGUGUGGUGGAGGAGAUGCAGAAGCUCCUGAAGAUGGACAGUAAGAUCUGUACCAUCCCCCAGGAGAUCAUGCUGGGGACGGGAGAACAGUUGUUUGACCACAUCGCUGCAUGCCUGGCUGAGUUCCUGGAGUCUCUGGAGCUGAAGGAUCAGACUCUGCCUCUAGGCUUCACCUUCUCCUUCCCCUGCGAGCAGAAAGAUAUCGACAAGAGCUUCCUGAUCCACUGGACCAAAGGCUUUAACUGUUCCGGAGUGGUAGGAGAGGACGUUGUGAGGUUACUGAGAGAAGCCAUCCACAGGAGAGGGGAUUAUGACAUUGGUUCCGUUGCCAUGGUGAAUGACACGGUGGGGACCAUGAUGAGCUGUGGAUACAGGGACCAGAGCUGUGAAAUUGGCAUGAUCAUUGGGACGGGGACGAAUGCAUGUUACAUGGAGGAGAUCAAAAACGUGAAGAGAGUAGAGGGGGAAGACGGCCGCAUGUGCAUCAACACAGAGUGGGGGGGAUUUGGAGACGACGGAUCCCUAAAGGACAUCCAGACUGAGUUUGACCUGGUGGUGGAUCAAGACUCACUCAACCCAGGCGUGCAUGUCUUUGAGAAGAUGAUCAGUGGGAUGUACCUGGGAGAGAUAGCCAGGCUGGUGUUGGUGAAGCUGGCUCGGGACAAGCUACUGUUUGGAGGAGAUCUAUCAGUGGCCUUGCUCACACAGGACAGCUUUGAGACCAGAUUCAUCUCCGAGAUAGAGGAGGAGAACACAGGACUGCAGAAGGCCCAGGAGAUUCUGUCAAAGCUAGACCUGCCUGCCGGGCCUGUGGACUGUCAGAUUGUGCGUCUGGUGUGUGACUCUCUCUCCACACGCUCGGCCCAGUUGUGUGCCACUGCCUUGGCAACCAUUGCCAACCGUAUCCGUGUCAACCGUGGACUGGACCAUCUAAGCACCACAGUGGGGGUGGACGGCACAGUAUACAAGAAACACCCCAACUUCAGUGAGAAGCUCCAGGAGACUGUACGCAUCCUGGCCCCCAAGUGUGAUAUCACUUUCCUCGUCUCCGACGACGGCAGCGGGAAGGGAGCUGCCAUGGUAACGGCAGUGGCACAGAGGCUGGCCAUGCAGUCCCGGAUACUAGAGGACAUCGAUGGAGAGGAGGAAGAGGAGGAGGAUGAAGAAAAUUAAGCCAUGUAUUUGACCAGACAACUUGAAAUGCAGCACCAUGAAAAUGUCCCCCUCAAAUGCUUUUGUCAUAGACAAAGAUUGUAAGGUAGGGGAGACCAGGGAACAAAGUAGGAUAUAGUCUACUUUUAGUCUUUAGCUUAUUUGUGAAAAUAUUAUUUGAGUUAGAUUUAUAAUAUUUUUAUACAAACAUAGUGCAUUCGGAAAGUAUUCAAACGCCUUAACUUUUUCCAUAUUUUGUUGUGUUACAGCCUCAUUCUAAAAUUGAUUAAAUACCCCAUAAGGACAAAGUCAAAACAGGUUUUAAAAAUGUUUGCAAAUUUAUUCAAACAAAAAAACAGAAAUAUCACUUUUACAUAAGUACUCAGACCCUUAACUCAGUACUUUGCUGAAGCAACCUUGGCAGCAAUUACAGCCAGGAGUGUUCUUGGGUAUGAAGCUACAAGCUUAGCACAGCUCUAUUUGGAGAGUUUCUCCUAUUCUUCGCUGCAGAUCAUCUCAAGCUCUGUCAGGUUGGAUGGGGAGCGUCGCUGCAUAGCUAUUUUCAGGUCUCUUUAGAGAUGUUCGAUCGGGCUCAAGUCCGGGCUCUGGCUGGGCCACUCAAGGACAUUCAGAGACGUGCGUUGUCUUGGCUGUGUGCUUAGGGUUGCUUUCCUGUUGGAAGGUGAACCUUCGCCCCAGUCUGAGUUCUUGAGCGCUCUGGAGCAGGUUUUCAUCGAGGAUCACUCUGUACUUUGCAACAUUUAUGUUUCUCUCGAUCCUGACUAGUCUCCCAGUCCCUGCCACAGCAUUAUGCUGCCACCCUCAUGCUUCACCGUAAGGAUGGUAUUGGCCAGGUGAUGAGCGAUGCCUUGUUUACUCCAGACGUGAUGCUUGGAUUUCAGGCCGAAGAGUUCAAUCUUGGUUUCAUCAGACCAGAGAAUCUUGUUUCUCAUGGUCUAAGAGUACUUUUGGUGCCUUCUGGCAAACUCCAAGCAGGCUGUCAUGUGCCUUUUACUGUGGAGUCGCUUCCUUCUGGCCACUACCAUAAAGGCCUGAUUGGUGGAGUGCUAAAGAGAUGGUUGUCCUUCUGGAAGGUUCUACCUUCUCCAUAGAGGAACUCUGAAGCUCUGUCAGAGUGACCAUCGGGUUUUCGGUCACGUCUCUGACCAAGGCCAUUCUCCCCUGAUUGCUCAGCUUGGCCGGGCGGCCAGCUCAAGCAAGAAUCUCAAUGGUUCCAAAUUUUAUUCAUUUAAGAAUGAUGGAGGCCACUGUGUUCUUGGGGACCUUCAAUGUUGCAGAAAUUGUUUGGUACCCUUCCCCAGAUCGGUGCCUCAACACAAUCCUGUCUCAGAGCUCUUUGGACAAUUCCUUUGACCUCAUGGCUUGGUUUUUGCUCUGACAUGUACUGUCAUCUGUGGGACCUUAUAUAGACAGGUGUGUGACUUUCCAAAUCAUGUCCAAUCAAUUGAAUUUACCACAGGUGGAAUCCAAUCAAGUUGAUGAUCAAUGGAAACAGGAUGCACCUGACCUCAAUGUCGAGUCUCAUAGCAAAGGGUCGAAUAUUUACACUACCUUUCGAAAGUUUGGGGUGACUUAGAAAUGUUGUUGUUUUAGAACGAAAAGCACAUUUUUUGUCCAUUAAAAUAACAUCAAAUUGAUCAGAAAUACAGUGUAGACAUUGUUAAUGUUGUAAAUGUCUAUUGUAGCUGGAAACUGCAGAUUUGUUAUGGAAUAUCUACAUAGGCGCCCAUUAUAAGCAACCAUCACUCCUGUGUUCCAAUGGCAUGUUGUGUUAACUAAUCCAAGUUUAUCAUUUUAAAAGGCAAAUUGAUCAUUAGAAAACCCUUUUGCAAUUAUGUUAACACAGCUGAAAACUGUUGUUCUGAUUAAAGAAGCAAUAAAACUGUCCUUCUUUACAUUAGUUGAGUAUCUGGGGCAUCAGCAUUUGUGGGUUCAAUUACAGGCUCAAAAUGGCCAGAAACAAAGGACUUUCUUAUGAAACUCGUCAGUCUAUUCUUGUUCUGAGAAAUGAAGGCUUUUCCAUGCGAGGAAUUGCCUACAAACUGAAGAUCUGGUACAACGCUGUGUACUACUCCCUUCACAGAACAGCGCGAACUGGCUCUAACCAGAAUAGAAAGAGAAGUGGGAGGCUCCAGUGCACAACUGAGCAAGAGGACAAGUAUAUUAGAGUGUCUAGUUUGAGAAACAGAUGUCUCACAAGUCCUCAACUGGCAGCUUCAUUAAAUAGUACCUGCAAAGCACCAGUAUCAACAUCAAUAGUGAACAGGCAAAUCCAGGAUGCUGGCCUUCUAGGCAGAGUUCCUCUGCUCAGUGUCUGUGUUCUUUUGCCCAUCUUAAUCUUAUCUUUUUAUUGGACAGCCUGAGAUACGGCUUUUUCUUUGCAACUCUGCUUAGAAGGCCAGCAUCCCGGAGUUGCCUUGUCACUGUUGACGUUGAGACUGGUGUUUUGCUGUCAUCAAGGCAAAGGGUGGCUACAUGGAAGAAUCUCAAAUAUAAAAUAUUUUGACUUGUUUAACACUUUUUUGGUUACUACAUGUUUCCAUGUUUCGGCAGGGUAGCCUAGUGGUUAGAGCGUUGGACUAGUAACCGGAAGGUUGUGAGUUCAAACCCCCGAGCUGUGAAGGUACAAAUCUGCCGUUCUGCCCCUGAACAGGCAGUUAACCCACUGUUCCCAGGCCGUCAUUGAAAAUAAGAAUGUGUUCUUAACUGACUUGCCUGGUUAAAUAAUGGUAAAAUUAAAAAUAUAUAUAUAUAUGUGUUAUUUCAUGGUUUUAUGUCUUCACUAUGAUUCUACAAUGUAGAAAAUAGUAACAAAUAAUGAAAAACCCUUGAAUAAGUAGGUGUCCAAACUUUUCACUGGUACUUAUGUUGAGAUACAUAGGGAAUGUUCCAUAGGUCAAUAAUCAAUAAAGAGAAUAUUUCGAAUUCUGCCUGAGAAAAAAAAUGUUGGUCAAUAAAACAAAGAAAUAUUAAUGGAUUUAAGCAAAACUUCCAAUGCAAGUAGAUAUACUAACCAAACAUUAGCAUAUUGAAUAAUAGUGGUUUCUAAUUUGAGUUAUUUAGUUGUUACUUUGUGUCCUCAUGCCAGAGUGUUAGUUCAGCCUUUUGUGAACUAACACUCGCAAUUAAUGUUUUACCCCUUACUAGCUCUGACUUUGCUGAUAGCUACUUUAUUGAGUAAAAAUGUACUUACUAUGACUGUGAUAUGUGGUUGUCCCACUUAGCUAUCUUUAGAUGAAUGCACUAACUGUAAGUCACUCUGAAUAAGAGCCUCUGCUAAAUGACUAAAAUGUUCAAUGCACAUGCCCUGUGUGACUUUGUGCCCCGGUCUCCUCAACAUGCUAAAAAACUCACUCACUUUCUUGUAACCUACUGUAUGGAAACUCAAAUAAUGAAAUCAUGAAUUAAUUCAACCUACUGUAUGCAUGCAUGACUGUAAGUCGCUUUGGAUAAAAGCAUCUGCUGAAUGGCAUAUAUUAUUAUAUUAUUCUUACAAUGUUCAACUUCUCUCUUUUUUACAGUAUCGUUUUUUAAAUACAGUUAUAUUGACAACGGCAAUGCAAUAUUUUCUGUAUUACAUGGUCAACUUUCAAGGGGGAAAUUAUCUUAUUUCUGAACCUGCUGUAUGUGAAAUUAAAAUAAUGUUUAAAAACA